GAUGGCGGUGGCGAUGGCGGUGGUUGUGGAGGCAAGUCGUACGGAGGCUCUGUUUCCUGCUCGAUUUGCCUUGAAGUCGUCGCCGAUAAAGGGGAUAGAUCUUGGGCCAAGCUGCAAUGUGGGCAUCAAUUUCAUCUAGUACAAGAAGUGGUAUUAGAGCCAGGUUUCGGCUUGGGCUUUGCUUGGCAAUCACUAUGAAGCCUUCUAUGUCAUCGGUGAAAGUUGAUAUUGAAAAGUUCAACGGCAAUGACUUUGGUAUUUGGCAAUUGAAGAUGCGUGCUUUGUUAGUUCAACAAGGGCUUUUGAAAACGCUAAAGGGUGUGAAGGCUUUGCCGAAUUCGUGGACUGAUGAAGAAAAAGAAGACGUUAUGGAGUGGGCACUUGGAGCAAUCCUGCUGACUUUAUCGAAUAAAGUCUUGCGUGAAGUUGUUAGCAUCAAAUCUGCACCGGAGUUGUGGAUAAAAUUGGAGAGCUUGUAUAUGACUAAAUCCCUUGCUAAACGGUUGUAUUUGAAGAAAAGUUUGCAUACUCUUCGUAUAUGGAUGAAGAUUGCAUUGGUUCAGCCUUCAAUGUAAAGGGGGCAAUGCAAUGCCCUAAUUGUCGGAAAAUCGAGAAAGGUCAAUGGCUUUAUUCUAAUGGAUGCCGUUCAUUUCCGGAAUUUAGCAUGGACGACUGGACACAUGAUGAGGAUCUCUAUGAUUUAAGUUAUUCUGAAAUGUCCUUUGGUGUGCACUGGUGUCCAUUUGGUAGCUUAGCACGACUUCCCUCAUCAUUUGAGGAAGGGGAGUUUUCACCAACAUCCUAUCAUGAAUUACUUGGACAGCAUGCUAUCUUCGCUGAGCAUACAGCUGUAUCAUCUGCUGCCCAUCCUUGCCCAUAUAUCGCUUACUUUGGGCCAAUUCACCCUUCAUCCUCAAACUCCAGUGGAAAUGUGUCAGAAGCUUCCAACUUCAACCAUCAUUGGAGCGGCACAUCUGUACCUAGUGAAAUGCCCAACUCCUACGCUUUUCCUGCCAUGGAUCUUCAUUAUCACAGCUGGGAGCAUCAUUCCCCGCCUCCAUUCUCUACAACCAACAAUCAUAUUGGUGGCGCUGACCAGGCUUCAGUUCCAUCUGUUACUCAAAGAUCUGCUAGGCCGAGCGCAGAUAUACCAAGAUCAGGAUCUUUUAUGCAUCCAUUCCUUGUCGGUCACAGUUCUAGUGCUAGAGCUGGCAGCUCAGUCACUUCUUCGAUGAUUCCUCCUUAUCCUGGCAGCAAUGCACGGGCCCGCGACAGAGUCCAAGCUCUUCAGGCAUAUUAUCAACAGCAACAACCUAAUAAUUCACCAACCAUGCGUACGCCCAUAGUUCCAGGAGCCCGGAGAUCCAGCAGUCAAAGAGGGGUAGCUCAAGUAGGGCCAGUGGCUUCAUCAUCGGACCAAAAUGGUGGUUUCUAUUUUUUCCCAUCCGGUUCAUCAGGUCGUAACUACCAAGAGGCUGAAAAUCCGUUACCUAAUCGUUUUCAUCCAUGGGAAAGAGAUCACAUGCCUUCAUUCUCGAUGAAUCAGGUAGACCGAGAUCAAGGUUGGUCUGCUUUUAACCAAGGUGGCAGUGGUUCAGACUCGGCCAUCAGAGGGAGCAGCUUCCGGCAAAGGCAUGGGUCCGAGAGGUCAUCCUCACAAAACCGGUCAUAGGCUUUUCUCCUCAUCCUUUUGUUGGUGAAGCAAACUAUCGCUAUCUAUAACUGAAAUCAAAAGUUAUGUAUGCUUGAAAACGAUAUAUAAUGCUUGGUGUCUUGUCAAGUAAUGACAAGACGCCAAAAUACUGUCAGUGUGGCUCGGAAAACGCUCCUUUUGCAGCCACAUGGUGGUGUGAUGGACGUAACAUUCGUCUAGUUUGUUCGCCUUCAGGGGUAUGAAAAUAAGCUCGUUGUGGAUGGCAAGGUUAUGAUUCGAGCGCCUGCUUGGCCGUAUUUUAUGAUUCUCGGGUCAUCUGCAAAUGUCCCGGUUUUUAUCUGGAUGGCCAGAACCAACUGUUGUUGAGGAUAAGUAAUCGGUGGGUCGUUUAUUUAUGUCCGAAAACAUAUAUUCCUGCAGUGCUUGGUUUCCUUUUUGAACAAUUGUUGGAUGGAUGUACAUGAAAUCAAAUAUUUUGAUAGUUAUUAUCCCCCCAUUUGCUUG